GAGAGAGAGAGAGAGAGAGAGCCUCUCAGUGAAAGGACUAAUGGAGGAACAACUCAGUCCUUUAGCAGUUACUCAUCUCCUUCAGCACACACUCAGAAGCUUGUGCAUUCAUGAAAACUCCCAAUGGGUGUAUGCAGUCUUUUGGAGGAUCUUGCCUAGGAACUACCCACCACCCAAAUGGGAUAGCCAAGGAGGAGCAUUUGACAGGUCAAGAGGAAACAGGAGGAACUGGAUAUUGGUUUGGGAAGAUGGUUUCUGCAACUUUGCAGCCUCAACUGCUGAGAUCAACAAUGGAGAUUGUCCGGGAUCGUCGGUUUAUGGAAACUGUGAAUACCAACACUAUCAAGGAUUGCAACCAGAGCUGUUCUUCAAGAUGUCACAUGAAAUCUACAAUUAUGGUGAAGGUUUAAUUGGAAAAGUAGCUGCAGAUCAUGGUCAUAAGUGGAUCUAUAAAGAACCAAAUGAUCAAGAAAUCAACUUCUUGUCUGCAUGGCACACCUCAGCUGAAUCUCACCCUAGGACCUGGGAGGCCCAAUUCCAGUCAGGUAUAAAGACUAUAGCUUUGAUUGCAGUUAGAGAAGGUGUCAUUCAGUUGGGAGCAGUUCACAAGGUUGUUGAGGACCUGAGUUAUGUUGUUCUACUAAGAAAGAAGUUCGGCUAUAUUGAAAGCAUCCCUGGAGUGCUAUUGCCACACCCAUCAUCAUCGGCAUAUCCCUUCAGGACAGAUGGGUGCACAGCACCAGAAUCAUGGCACUUCCAAGGCAACCUAGCAGUAGCACCACCAACAGAGUUCUAUGAUCAAUUCAAUCAGCCCAUGAGGAUAACUCCCUCCAUGAGCAGCCUUGAAGCCCUCCUCUCAAAACUCCCUUCAGUCGUACCAGCGUCUUCAGCCCCUGCAUCAUCAUACUGUGAGGCUCAGCCACCAUAUAUCUCAUCCAUGAAGCCCUUGGAACUGAUGGUGGGGAUGGAGAAAGUGGCUAAGGAAGAGGCUGAUGAGGAGGAUAGGCAUGGUAGAGAUAUACUAGGUGAGACCAGUAGUUCAUUUCCAUCUUAUCAACAUCAUCAUCAGCCUUUUAAUUAUCACCAUGAUCUGAAUGUAACUAGCAGUGGGCCUAACAACUCAUAUUAAGUGAUUCUUGUUAAAUGACAUAGAGAUCAUGGAUUGAUUUCCAACAUUGUAGCUUUUAGUUGGAAGACUUGGUGGGUGUUUCCUCCUCAAAUCCUUGCAGUGUAAUCAGGGAAUAAUGCCCCACUAUUAUGCUUAAAAUCAUGUCUGUUAUAUCUAAUCAAGAGAGAGCAAUGAUUAUGAUGAUGAUGAUGAU